GAAUUCGUGAAAAACGUUGGUCUGUUCCUACUCACGUUAAGUCAGAAACUACGAGCCUCAAUUCGAAUAAAAAGUGAUGAACUUGGUCCACUUGUGUUCCACUGGAAUGGACGUCCAUCUUCUAAGCGGGUCGCUUUCAGUCAUGACCAGGAGUUAUCGAUCAGUUAUGGAGGAGAAAUUCGGAUGAAAAGAGCCAAUCCGGAUGUGGGUGUUCUAGUAUGGAUUGAGGUGGAUGUUGCAGACUGUUAUGGCGAAUGCUUCAGUGAUGAUCUGGCUGAGAUGGGAAUGCCCAUCUACGAGGCAAUUGCUCGUCGCAAACUCUCUGACGGACCGACGUUUUCCUACUCCGACGGUUACUGGUCAUUCAUUAUCGGAUGCUUUGCCAUCCUCAUAGUGGUCGUCACCGUGUUCGUUCCUGCAACAGCGUACUCGUAA